UUUCUGACAACAAGAACUGUCAUCUGUCACUACUCACUACUAGCUUAAGUACAUUACUAUUUAACCUAAACUCAAGACUGCUUUGUUAUGGCAGAUCCUCAAAUAGAUGGAUACAUAAGAUUUCAAGAUGAUACAAUCAUCGACGCUUCAGACGCAUUUAGUGCUCAUUCUAUAAAUCGCAAUGUACCGAGUUCUCAGGAUUAUCCAAAUGAGAUUGGCAGUCAGAGCAGCCUGACCCGUGCUGAUAAUGGUGUGGAACUAACCAGUCCUUCAGACAGUUACUACGAUGUUGAUCAACACUGGGAGAUGAACUAUCAUGAGGCUGCUAUAUUUCUUGAGGAAGGGAAAAAUAAUGAGAAGUUCGACUCUCACCCACGGGAGCCGGACGCUCUGCCCGCUUAUCUGCUGGUACACAAUCGCUGGUACUAUGGCCUGGACUUGACUACUUCUAUGGUUCUGUUAGCUCUGGCCUUAGUCGAGGACCCAGCAGUUCCUCUCUUUGAAUUACCAGUGGGAGUGCAUGGGAUGAUAGAGCUAAUUGCACUGAUUAUCAUUGGAGCAGAAGUAACCCUCAAACUGCGUUGGAUCGGUUGGAGCACAAUCCUCAAACACAAACGUACCAUGAUCAAGUGCAUAACAUUGGCAAUCAUGUUUGUGGAGGCUUUGACGGUGUUGGUACGUCAGUCUUCCCACUUCCGAGUCACACGAGCCCUACGCCCGAUAUUUCUGGUAGAUACAAGGCACCUGGGAGGUGUACGCCGCUGCAUUCGUCAGAUACUCCAGUCUAUGCCUCCUAUAUUUGACAUGCUCGGUCUCAUUUUCUUUUUUGUAUCCAUUUAUGCCAUUCUUGGCUACUAUCUCUUUUCGCAAAUGCCUAAUAGCACUUACUUCGACACUCUGUUUGAUAGCUUCGUCAGCAUGUUUGUGCUGCUUACCACUGCAAAUUUCCCAGAUGUGAUGAUGCCAGCCUAUGCAGUUUCCAAGUGGUACUGUUUGUUUUUCAUCUCUUAUUUAUGCAUCUGUCUGUAUAUCCUCAUGAAUUUGAUGCUAGCUGUUGUGUAUGAAACAUUCACCAACAUCGAAAGAGAGAAAUUUCGUAAGCUUCUUCUACAUAAGAGACAGGCUUGCCACCAUGCCUUUUGCCUUCUCACCACCAAACAAAAUCCUAUGAAGAUGAGGUUUCGCCAAUUCGAAGGACUAAUGCGCUACUUUGCACCAAAUAAAAGUAUUCGAGAUGUUCUGCUGAUGUUCAAACAGCUGAACACGAGCAAUAGCGGGGCACUGACACUGGACGAGUUUUGCAAUGUGUACGAUGCAGUGGCCAUCAACUGGGAGGUGCAGUAUGCCCACAUUCCCUGGUUCCACUCUGCCUGGAUGCCCCUUCAGCGCCUGUGCCAGCUCAUGCACAAUCUUGUCAUGUGGGCUCAUUUCGAGAGUGUUGUAUGUGCUAUUGUAGUGUGUAAUGGAGUAUCCAUGGUCUAUCGAGCCUUGGAGAGUUACCCAGAUCUGCAGUCUGCUGCCACCACCUUCCUUGCAUCCUGGGACGCUCUACUCUUCCUCUUCUUGCAAGUAAUAGAGGUGGCAGUCAAGAUCCUGGGUUUGGGCAUGUCUCAGUACUUGCACUCUGGCUGGAACUUCUGUGACCUGAUGGUGACAUCUCUGGGUCUGUUGGCACUACUGGCAAUCUACCUAGUCCCUGCCUUUACGUACGGUGUGGUAGUUCGUCCAUUGCGCUUGCUACACUUGUUCAAGAUGAAGAAACGCUACCGGGACAUUAUCGGCACGCUGGCUCUUCUUACUCCCCUUAUGUGCUCUACUGCGGUGGUAAUGCUUGUCCUCUACUACUUCUUUGCCAUUAUUGGAAUGGAGCUCUUCGAAGGUUACGAUAUGAAAAAUUGCUGCAAGGGAACUGCUGUGGAGGAUUUCUAUCGAUACUCUGCCAACGAGACCUCAGCUUUGGGUUACUACUAUCUGAACACGUUUGAAAACCUGGCGACCAGCUAUGUAACCCUGUUUGAGCUGACUGUGGUAAACAACUGGUUCAUCAUGAUGACUGGGUAUGCCAGUGUGGUGCACCCUGCAAGCAGAGUCUACUUCAUCCUGUUCUAUCUGACUACCAUGGUUGUCCUAACCAUCGUCGUGGCCUCAGUCCUCGAGGCGUUCAGAUUCCGUAUACAGUACAAGAGACACACCAGCAAGCGUGAUGAAGAGAAAUUACUACAUGAAGAAAUUGAUCUCAAAUGGGAGGAAAUCCAAAGCUGGGUGCAAGAUUUUCAUGUCCUUGAAAAACUGCGUUCUGACUUAGUAGUUGGGGGGAUUGCUACAUUUGUCGGAGUUAGAUCAAGGAAUAGAGAAAUACUACAGAAGAGGAUGUAUAGGUCAGAGAUAGACCAGUGGAUGAGAGAAACACCUCUGAUGUCUGAUUCUCCCGUAACUACAUGUAAACACUAGACUCACAUCUAGGGAUUAUUUAUUUUAUUUAUUUAGAUACCGAAUUUUAAUGUACGACCAUGUAAACUAGAAAAACUUGAGGGUUUCACAUAUGUAAAAGAGUAUUAUUAGCUGCUUGUAACAAAACUAUAAUAAUUUAAAAGAACACAUGUUUUGGAGGUUCAACCGUAACCAAAUCUCAGUUUUCAAGAAGAGACAUAAAAUAUGUUUUGUUUAUUAAUGGAAUAUUAAUAAUUUUUUUAUUAAUGAAAUGGAAGCUGUAAUCACUGGGCUGGAAAUUUUCCUCCACACACUCUACAUAUAAUUUUAUAUCUAAAAAUAAAAAAUUAAGCUAUUUGUUUAUUGAGAUACAUUCAAAAAUAUAAUUUGGUCUCAUAGGCCCCACAGUAGUAUCCCCUUUUGGUAAGUAAAAAUUGGUCCUAACAUAACAUUCAGUGUACAGUUUUUGUAAACAUGGAAUUGUGCAGUACACUAACACUUUCAAUUAUUAUUUAUUAGUACUUCAAAUGGAAAGUUAUAAAAGUUCACUGUUGUGGAUCAACCAAUAGAUAUAAUUAAUAACAAAUGUUAUGAUUUUUAUCAUAUCCAACUAUGGUUUGGAAAUUAAUACAUAAACAUUGAAAACAAUUUUAAUUAAUGUAAAUAAACAAUGAAACAAUGAUUUAUUCCAUACUUGAUUACAAUUCCAAAGUAGUGUAUAUUAUCUUAAUGGUUUAAUAAUUAGUUAAAUCUUUGCUGAUUAGCUGUUUUUCUUGUAGGGCAUUUAUAAAUAUUGACUAGUAUAUCUGCACUGAUAGCUCAUUUAACUUUUGUUACUAGACUCCAGAUGGUAAAUGGUUUUGUUGAAUGGGUUACAAACUGCCAGCAUUAUCUCAUUAGUAUUGCAAUCAGUUUUUACGAAUAGCUUAGCUCUUUAAUGAGUUGACUUUGUUUUCAGUAUCAGUGCGAGCAGUCUUGUAAUGUGGAGGUUAUACAAUUAUAAAAUGGCUGGUAGUAUUAACUUGUUUGUAUCUAUUUCCGUGCAUAAAUCAGUCAAUGAUGAACACACUAGCAAAGUUAUAUAAUCUCAACCAAUGUGUAACAGAAGAAUACAAAAUUAACAUUCAGUUUUGAAAACAUCUUGAAAAUUGAGUUUGGUAAAAUAUUGUACAUAACAUGUUAUGUAACAUCUCUAUUAUCGCACGAGGUGAUAACUGUAACUUGGUUUUCCUCUUGCAUAAUUUCCCCCUCAUCUAGUAAUAGGGGUGAUUACAUAACUUGUUAUGUAAAUAUCCAAUAUUUAUUCCAACAAAUAAGUUAUUGAAAUUUGCACAGGAGUAUCUCCUCAUUUCUCUUUUUGUGAAUUCCUGAGGUUUUUGUAGUUUAAUUUUUACAUAGACAAGUUUAAUUAAUAAUUUAUUUUACUUAAUUUUAACCAGUAUUAAGAUGAACCUUAACCUUUAAUACUCUGUAAAAUGUCUUGUCCUAUGUUUAAGAAACUUGAUGCAUCACAGAUAAGAAGUUAUUUACAGGAAGUUAUAAACACAACAAACAGU